AUGUCCGAGCUCGCAAGGCUUUGCAGAGAGGCAGUAAAAGAAGGCCUCAAAAAGAGGAAAGCAGAAGUGUUGGCUGAAGCUGCAGAGGUGGGACAGAGCAUUCACUAUGCCCGUCGGAGCUUCGCCAAUCGUAAAACAGUAAUGAAUGCUCUUCGGACUCCAGGUGGAACAGCUACAUCAUCGAGAAGGAGGAUGGAAAAGGUCACUCACGACUUCUACUCAGAUCUCUUCGACAGCCACGUCCACUUGCCUUCUCACCAUCUGAGGGAAGAUGGACAUGUCAUUCCAAAGGUUCUCCCUUCCGAAGUCCGACAUGCCAUCAUGUCGGUAAAGAAUCGUACUUCACCUGGUCUCAACAGAAUCAAGCCUGAACAUCUGAAGUACCUACCGCCAGUCCUCAGCGAAGGUCUUCAGUCGUUACCGUCUAUCAUUUACAGGCUCUUCACAAGAGUAAUUCUUAACAGGAUAGAGCGAACAUUAGAUAAAGCAUUAGAAAAGAUGACAGCCAUGCGAGCAAGCAGGGUUUCGAAAAGGGUUCAAUACGAUUGA